CAUAGAAGAACUCUAGAUAAUCGUGGCCUUUACGACUUUGUAAUUGUUUUUCAAAAUUCCUAUACUGACAUGGUGCACCUUGCAAUGUGGGUGCGAAUUGUAAAUUCUGACCUUAACGUAAUUUGUUGUUUAGUCUCGGCGUCGUUUUGCGAAGAUUCUGCAUAUGAAAUUUGUUGUAGAAAUUUAGUCGUUACAACAAUUUUAACACGCAGGCCCUAAUUGUAUGCUAAAAGAUUUAUCCUUAAUACAAUCCUGUGCCUUUGCAAUCUGUUAUGAAAAUAGUUAUGCGCCUGCGCACAGGUUACAGCUGUGAGCUGAUUGGCUUUUAACCUAACAAAACAAAUAAUAAAAAAACAAAAUUACAAUGUAAUUUUAUUUAUAAUACACAAUUUAUUUGCAAUGUCGUUAGGAUCAGAUGCCGAUUUAGAACUUCGAGUUAAAAAAGCAACGGAACGAAUAUCCGAAAAUAUGCAUAUUAUCGCGAACGAGCCCUCAUUGGCUUUUUACCGCUUACAAGAGCAUGUACGAAAAGCUCUGACUCCAAUGGUCGAUCGUAGGGUCGAAGUUAACAAAUUGCGACAGGAAUUACAAGGACGAUGUUAUGACAUUGAUUAUGCAGUGGGGGCGAUCAAAACCAUGAACAAAGCAGAGGAGAGUUUUAAGAAUAUCCAAGAUAUCUUAAAGAAUGCCAUAUUUUUGAAACAACAGCUAAAAUAUGAGGAGUCCCGACGAAAAAAACCAGAAAGUAGCUCGGUAUAUAAAAGAUUAUCUGCACAUAUUACCCUCGAUUUACCGGAAUUGCCCGAGCUUUCUGAUGUAGUACGCGAAACAGCGAAUAGGGUUGAGUCUAUGAUGUCUAAAGCAACUCACUAAUAAUUGUAAAAUUAAUGUCUAUAUUGGAUCUGAGAAAGUUAUUAUCUAAGGAUGAUAGUGAAGUGUAUGUGAUUGCCGCUUUCUGUGGCCCCGCUAAUUUUUGUUUAGGUUUUUGCAAUUACUAUUAAACUUUGGGAUUAACUUAGAGGUGGAAAGAUUGUUACAGUCUUUGAAAUGAUUUUGGUGGCGCUUCCACAGUUACAAGUGUUCCAUUGUUUCUUGUAUGCAAUUUAUUAUUAUUAUUAUUGUUAUUAUUAAGAUAAAUUUAUUAUUGUACAUUAAUAUUGUCACGCUGCUAAUGACAUUAAUGUUUACACUUGCUAAGAUAUUAUUAAUUUACUUCACAAAACAAUCAUUUUGUGAAUUAGGAUUUUAAUAAAAGAUUAGCAACUUUGGAAAGAGCAAUAGCAGUAUUUGUAUUUCACUAGUCGAAAUUGACAAAUCCUGGUCGACUUGUUGAAACACAUGUCGAACUUCCAUUUUGUGGGUUUCAGAAACAUUCCAAGCUUUGUCUUUUCUCAAUUGAUUAUGGAUACAGGCAACCAAAACUAAUAGACAUUUAAUUUUUUAGCCGUAAUAAAUUGAUUUCAAGCA